GCCACUCGUUCUCUUCACAGAUACAAAGGCUCAAAGUAUGGCUAACAGAUGCCUGUGUCUUCAGUGCGCCUCCACUCUACACCAACCAUGCCUUUGAACAACUCAGCUUCUAUCCCAUGCUUGAAAUCGAUACCGAGGCCUCCUUUUAUCACGACAAAGUAAAGGGUGCAAGAUGUUUACCUCUGCAGCAACCUCGCGUCUACUGCGACGUGCCAACUCCGCGACAGCAAUGCAUUGUCUUUGGAGUGCCAGGUUUGAUGUGCUUGACAUUCGAUGUCCAAAUUGCCUCAGCCACACCACUUGAGUUUCGUGUAGUUUGGAUGCUCCCAAACCGAAACUGAACAAUGUGCUUUCUUCACGAGGUUGAGAAACUUGCAAGCCGGUCUUAACGCUCAAUGCCAUGUUAGCUACGUCUGCCAUCACGUUGCUGCCCGCAGCUUCACCUAUACCGCCAGCAUCCUUAACGGCAACGGCAACGUCAGCCUUGCCGGGCAACCACUAUGAAGCCGCUUUGAAGCCUCGCCAAACAGAUUUCUGGCCAGCAGACUUUUGGCCAGAAAAAUUCCCCCCUGAUCGUUGGCCAGGACGAGGCUGGGGCGCGACAUCUAGGCCGUGUCAUGCUAAUCAAUUCUAUUCUUGCGCCGGUCCCUACAUGCGCGGGGAUCAAACUUGUCAAAACAACAACGGCGUCAACACCUGGGGAAUGACGGCGGGUUGGGGUUGCUUCUGCGAACAUGCAAAGAAGUUUUUCAAGUGCAUGUCCCAAGCUGAGAAUGACGACCCAAAUUGUUGGAAUGAUGGAUAUGAUGGCGACAAUUGGCAACUGAAUUGGUAUCAAAACUGGUGUGGAGAUACUCCUCCUCCGUCCGUGAUGGCCGAGAUGUCACAGCCACGGACCGUUGACGUAAGCUUGACCAAGCCUGAUGUUGUAUAUGCAGUCAGUGAUGAGGAUCACGCCCCUCUUACUCGAGUCAAUGACCCGAUUUAUACAGGAUCGGGUUCUCUUCUUUCCGGCGAGUGUACAUCGACGGAUUUCACUCUUGUGGGCGCGAACGAGGGUUACACCAUGUACUAUGUCGGCCUCCAAGGCUGUAACGACGACCGGCCUCAGUGUUGCCCAUGGCCAGUCGCUGCAAAUUCUGCAACGAACUCAUUUUCUGCCACUGUCAACGUCGAGGUAGAGCCCGAAAUUGAGAUCGAACACAAGCGUGGCGACAACUAUCCCCAACCUGCUCGUGGUUAUUCGGCGAAACUGAAACAGUGCCCGGAUGACUACUAUUCUGUUUCGGGUGGUUGCUGCCCUGCCGGAUACUUUUUCUUCACGUCCGCCAUCGGUGGCCAAACACCUUGCUGGAGCCCUCUCGGUAGCACAGCCAGCAUUCCACCCAUAACCCAUGUCGCGGCUGCAUAUAAUUCGAUUGCCACGAACACCAGCGUUACUGGUAGCGAUGGUGAUGGUGGUAAUGAUGACCCUAAUGAUAUCGAUUCACUACCUACGUCCGCCGUCAACAACGUAAUUUUCUCCCGCCACUACCCCGUCGACAAUCCCACAGCCCUUUCCGUCGGUGGUUACAUUGGUAUUGCCCUUGGUAUUAGCAUCACAAUUAGCACGGCUCUCGCAGCCAUCAUCUGGUUCUGGCUACGGCGGAGAAAGCGGAAGACAGCGAGAUUAAGAAGAGCCGCGCAACAAGCUGACAACGACAAUUACCCUGGCAUAUGGGACGGCCACCACGGCUCAGAUGAACAGUUAUUCCAAUUCCCUCCACAAGAACUCGACACGUUCGGACAAAACGGAAAACCGACAGCAUUGGAUCGCGUGGCCGCCGCUGGUACCAAAAAUGGCGGAGAUGCCGCUCAACAAGCUCAGUAUCUUCGACAGCUCCAGCAGUCAUUCGGCUUCCACAAUGUUGGCACGCAUGCGCACAGCAACGGUAUAAAUUCAGACUUCACACCCGGUUUGCCCCUCUCAGUCCAUAUUCCACCUCGUGUAAGCUCGGCCGCCGCAGCCGCUGGAUUAUCGACCCUGCCGCCCAUUUCAUCCACUAGGUCGAAACUUCCUCCCAUCAAUAACGACGGAAGUCCUUGUGGUGCGCAUGCAGUUGAAAGUGGAGAUAUUGACUCUAAAGGUGGAAAACCUGAAGGUGAGACAAAAGAAGGGGCUUUGCAAUAUGCCGGUGGUGGGUCGGGUGCAGCAGGGAGUUCUUCUUUUCUCCAUGGAGACCAGCGGCAACGGCGAUCCCACCCGACUGAACUUGAAGGAAACUCGGUUGCUGUGCCUGGUGGAAGUGGGAGCGGGUAUGGGCUUGAGGUGGAGGGAGAUCAUGAGCCGCCUCCUGAGUAUAGGGAGUUCUAAGUGGAGUGCCGGGUUUGGGGUGAGGGAGCGUCAGGGGAGACGUAGGUUGACGUCGCUUUUCACCAAGUUGUUGUUUUGAGAUAUUCUCCUUGAGAAGUCAACCACAUAUUUACCACAUUUGGUUUCGUUGUUUCUUCCACGGUAGAGAAUAUGAGGUACCAACGUCCAUCAGGAUGGCUGGUAUUUAUAGAUAGCCUCAUCUUAAACUUUCACGUUUUCAAGUUGGACGCUACGAAACAUAACCUAUGUACGGUCAAUGCGAUGUAUAACACCAAGUUUGUGAGUCUUUACGGUUGGUUGACGGAGUUUAAGAAACCCCCAUGAGACGU